AAAAGAGUCAUUGCGGGGCCGCUUGCUUUUCUUGCACUCGCAUCGCGCACAUCCGCCGCCGCCAGGACGCAAAAAUUGAAGUGCUGCCGACAUGAUCGUGCCGGCGGAAGCGGCGAUGGAGCUUCCGUCCAGGUACUUCUCCUGGGUCGACUACGCCGUCUUCGUUGGCAUGCUCUUCUUUUCUGCCCUCAUCGGCAUCUACUUCGCCUUUUUCGCCAAGCAGAAGCAAAACACGACCAACGAGUAUCUCAUGGGCGGCAGGAGCAUGGGUAUUUUCCCAAUCUCCAUGUCGUUGAUAGCCAGUUAUAUUUCCGGCAUCGCUCUUUUGGGUCUGCCAGCCGAGAUGUACACGUUCGGGACGCAGUACUGGAUGAUUGUGCUGCCUGAGAUAGCCGUCAGUUUUACAAUGGCCAAUGCCUACAUACCAGUCUUUUACGAGCUGAAUAUAACGUCCUCAUACGAGUACCUAUGUCUUCGCUUCAACCAGUCGGUCCGCAUUUUGGGGUCAGCGAUUUUUAUCAUCAAAAUGAUGCUGUACAUUCCCCUGGUUAUCUACGUACCCGCGCUGGCGUUCAAUCAAGUCACUGGAAUAAAUCUGCAUUACGUCACGCCAGCAGUGUGCCUCGUCUGCAUCUUUUACACCACGUUGGGAGGCUUGAAGGCGGUGGUGUGGACGGACACGCUGCAGACGAUUCUCAUGUUUCUUGGGGUGGUGUUGGUCAUGAUCCUUGGCACAGCACACGUCGGGGGCUUUAAGGUCGUUUUCAACCGCAGCGCGCACAGCGACAGACUCGAAUUUUUCAACUUCGAUCCCGACCCGACAGUGCGGCACACCAUCUGGAGCGUGUGUGUUGGCAAUUACUUCAAUUGGCUCGCGUCUUGCUCGGUCAAUCAGGCAAUGGUCCAACGCUGCCUCGCGAUGCCAACGAUUGGAAAAGCCAAAAUCACUGUUCUGAUACUAGCGCUUGGAAUACUGAGCAUCGUGUCCAUGUCGUGCUACACAGGCCUCGUGAUUUACGCCGCCUUCCAUGACUGUGACCCCGUGACCACCAAGUUGGUGAGCAAAUCUGAUCAAAUCCUCCCAUAUUUCGUCACGCAAAUCGCGUCUAGCGUCCCGGGACUACCAGGUCUUUUCGUCUCUGGCGUUUUCAGUGCGGCGCUCAGUUCCAUGUCGACCGGACUGAAUUCGAUCACGGGCGUUUUGUAUGAGGACUUUGUGAAGCCAACGGUCAAAAAACCAUGGUCAGAGGCAAAGGCAAGUCUUCUUAUGAAAGUGGUGGUGGUCGUCGUCGGGACCAUCUGCGUCGCUCUGGUCUUCCUCGUCGAGCGCAUGGGCGCGAUUAUUCAGGUUGCGAAGAGUUUGUCUGGAAUCACUGCUGGAGCGCUUCUUGGAACCUUCUCUCUGGGAAUGUUUUUUCCUUGGGCCAACUCGACGGGGGCGAUGGCUGGAGGUGUAAGCAGCAUACUGCUGGUUGCCUACAUCUCGCUUGGAACUCAAGCGCACAUCGCAGCGGGAAAAAUCUCCUAUCCUAAAAAACCGUUUUCCGUUUCUGGUUGCUCCGCAGAUCAGCUCUCGGGCUUGAACGCCACCCUGCCCAUCAUCGUAAACGAACCUCUGGACGAAGUAUUGUACGUGUUCCGGCUGUCGUACCUGUACUACACGAUGAUCGGGGUUGCGACCGCGAUCGUCGUCGGGCUGGUGGUGAGCUUCGCGACCGGGGCCAACAAGGCGCAAGACGUGGAUCCGCGCCUCCUCAGUCCCGUCAUCAGACGCUACAUCUCGUACGAUACGAAAGCGCGACAAAAGUACUACGAGGGCGAAACGUACGAGUUGAAAGCGGCGCAGAAAAAACUGAUCCAGCAACCGACGACGUGACGCGCUUUCGCGACAGGGAAAUAAAAUUUAUAGUUUCGUUUAAGG